GCCGAGCUACGUGUUGGUUGGUAUUAGUGAAGUGAAGUGUGGUUAUGUGCGCUUACAGAGUUCCGUUAAAGACUCAUGCUUUUCCGUGUUUGUGAUUUUGUUUUAUUUUUUGUAGGAUGUUACUGAAGUUCUUUUAUAUAGUGGGCCGGUUUUAGUUUGACACAUUCUGGUUUUAAUUUGUAAGCUACGAACUGUCAUUGCUUUUAUAACAGUAAAUGGGCGGGAAAACAGAGAACAUUUAACAACUGGACAGACAUAAGCAUCCCACUGUCACCAAUGUGGACUGCGAAAUUAUGGAUGAUCUUGCUUCUCUCAGCUGUCGGACUUCGGACUCCAGCUGCGGGCCGUCAGUGUGGAUUUCCCGGUCGUCCCAGGAAUGGAACCAGCGCUACAGCAGCGCCAGUGUCCCGGCCCGGAGAUACUGCACACUAUACUUGUCGGCCAGGGUACACCCUGUUUGGCGAGGAUGAACGGGUGUGCCUGGAUUCGGGAAUCUGGACGGGGCGCCAACCCUUGUGCGAGCUCAAUCUGGCACUGGGCCACAGUUCCUUGAUAUCGGCCACCCUGUGGAACUACCGUUCCGCCCUGGCAGUGGACGGCAACCCCGACACGUGCGGCUUCACACCUCGCACCGCUGAGCAGCGCUGGUGGCAGGUCGACUUGGUCACUGACCAGCACGUGGGAUCAGUGGCAAUUAUCAUCAACAAGGAUUCAUAUCAGGAAUUUACCAUCUUUAUAAUCCAGCUUCUCUCAAGGAGCGAAGCUCUGUACAAACCGUGCGCAACGUUCAAAGGUCGUUUCCAGAACCCGCGUAUCCUGUUCACCUGUAAUGAUGGCCUUGGACACCAGGGGCGUUAUGUAUACAUCCGUGAUGACCGACGUGAUCAGGACUACUUUGGCCUCUGUGAAGUAGAGGUGUUUGCGUACAGAGAUGAGAGCAUAUGUGGAGAGCCUGAGGAACCUGUAGCAGGUCAUGUUGUAGUUGGUUCUGAUGGAGUAGCCAUCUAUUCAUGUGAUUUUGGUUACCGACUUCUAGCUGAACCAAACCGAACUUGUGAAAGGGAUGGCCACUGGAUGGGACAUGCCCCUCAAUGUGAAGAAAUCGUGUGUGAUUCUCCACCAACACCUUUGUUUGGUUUCCUGGACGGUGCCGAAUUAAGGACCAGGUAUCCCUAUAAUAGCAGAGUUAGAUACAGAUGCCGGUCUGGUUACAUCAUUUGGGGAAAUACAACCAGUGUGUGUACGGAGUUGGGCAUUUGGUCUGGGAAUGCCCCUCAAUGUAAACCCAUCACUUGUGGAUAUCCGCAGCACUUUCCUAAUAGCGAAGUGCAAUUGCUUAACCAGUCCACGCUCUGGAACACUCUGGCUACAUACACUUGCAAGGCAGGCUACUCCUUCAAUCCAGGCAUAGUUGAUGUAACCAUUUCCUGCCUCAGUUCUGGGUCUUGGGAGAAGAUCAACUUCACCUGCGUUGCUGAUGAUGACAGAAACUUGCCAGUUAAACUAACAGGAAAGGAGUGGGGGCAGCAGCCUGAACAGCCAGGUAGUAAUUCUGAAGAUGAUGGUGUGGGAAUGCCAGGAGUUCUUUCAAUUGGAAUAUUUUGCAGCCUCCUCGUUAUUAUUCUUUCUGUUCUGGGUAUUUUGCUGGCCAAGAGAUUCCAGUCCAAGAAGGCAACUCAUUCAACUCCUCAGUCAUCCACUAAUGACCUGAUCAUCAGUAAUGCGAAAGAUGGUACUUAUGAUGAUGUGGCUACUCCAGGGUUCCAAACAGUAGUGGCUCUUCAGCCCCAGUGCUCUGCCAUUACUAGAGAAGAUGCACAAACAAGUGAUGUACUACCAUACUUCACUCAAACUCAGGAACCUACGUGUUAUGACACAUUACAAUCUUUUCCAAGUGUAAGCAGUUACAACUCAACAGUGGUAAUAGACACUGAUCAGGAUCCAAAUAACACAAGGAUCAAACGUGGAGAUGCUGAUGGAGAAGGUGCUCAGACCAUAGAAUGUAUGCAUGAGACACCAAGGCAACCCCUCAGCUCUGGAUAUGAGACAGUGUGCAUUCAAAGAGAUAGUGACUAUCCAAUAAUAAGAAUUCCAGAAUACGAAAUGGUCCGAAACCUGCAGCAGAUGCCACCAGAUUCUACAUAUGAAAUUGUUCAGCCGAAUGGAGCCGUCGGGAGCCUUGGUAAAUCUAAAAGUAGGAUGUGUCGUUCCAUUCCAUCUGCAUUAAAAAUAUUUCUUCAGCCCUCUUCGAAACCAACUGAAUCAGAACUCUGUGAUGGAGCAGUUCCUGCAGAAAUAAUGGCUCUUUACGCGCAGGUGGACAAGACAAAAAAACGCAAAUAUCGCCCUGACAUGCAUAACAAUUUUGAGUCUAAUAAUCACAAGGUAGGAAAUCAUGUUUCUAGUCAAACUGAUGAGUGUGGGUAUACAGAACACCCUAUUAGUGAUAUUGUGAGGUUCUCACAGGAUUCAUGUGGUCCGGGAGUAUGGAAUGGAAAUUCCAAAGGCUGUACUGCAAACAUGUUGCAGGAUUGCAGAGUUUCAUCCCCCAAUGGACGAUUGUUAUCAUCUGUACCCAACAUUCGCUUCAUACACACAUCACAAGAUAGUGAAUCCCCAAAUCAGACAUUAGAAUGUGCCCAACUGUAACUGUAUUUGUAUAUAAUACAAGUCUACGUGUGGUCAUUCUGUUCAGCGGUAAAGAAUGUGUGUGAUGCAAACACAUUAACAGCUCAGAAACAGUAAUAAAUGGUACUGUCUGUGAACAAUUGACCAUGCUAUUUAAUAUUAUAAUUGUUAUGUGUUUAAUGUGUUGGGUCAGGUAUCCAGUGUCUGAAUCCUGAUGUAUUUUAUAAGGAAAAAGAAUAUUUGUGGUGUAUGAACAUAGUUUGGAUUGCCAUGACUGAUUUAAUUAAAGGAAGAUUAUGAUCCUCGAUUAUGCAUUAUCAAGAAUUCUGCUUUAGAGGAUGUUUGGAUACUUAUCUCCUUAUAUUACAGCAAUGGUACAGAUAAUAAUUUACCCCUUGCUUCUUCCUCAUAUUUAUUCUUAAAAUCGCAUACACAGACACUACAGAAAGUAGUUUAGGUUUAUCUUGAAGGACUUCAUACUUUGUGUGCAGAAAUUAAGUUUGAAAACUGUAAGAUCUGCAUUCAGCGGAGAAAGACUAGAAAUUCUUGUGAAACUAUGAUUUAUCAUUAUCUUAGUCAAAAUACAUAUCCUGAUUGUUUACAAUAUAAAAUACAAUAGUUAUAUUUGAUUACAAGUGUACUCAAUAAUAUCAUAAAUCCUUAAUUUUUAUUGUAUCUUUGUUUAUAUAACUAUUACAUAACCAUACAAAUCACCUGUUUUGGAUCAAUGAAAUUUGCCCACAUAAGUUUGACAGCAAACCUGCAAUGUGGCCAAUUGAAACAAAAUACUUCCCUCCUCAGAUAAAAAAAUUUGUGUUACACUAGUCCUCAUUCUGUCUGGCUGUAAGAAUUAUGCCACCAACCAAUUUUAAAAUUGUAUGGCUCGAACAAACUCUGUGAAUUCUCCUUUAGAUCCCAUGUACUGAAUGUUUUUUUUUCUGUGUCCAUUCUCUAAGUGAAACACAUCACAAAACAGAGUGUGAUAUGUGCACUGUAGUUAUUCUUUCGGUGACUUUUUAAGGCCACUUGGAACUUAUGGCAGGUCUGUAUAUGAAUAUGUUAAAAUGUAUACUGAGAGGCAUCAUAUUGUCACCAAAUUACAUUAUUUGAUCUUUUGUUA